AUGUCCGGAGCAGUGGGCCGUGAGGCGGUCUUCCCGACCCGUCAGUCGCUUGGGUUGAUGAAGAGUAAACUGAAGGGUGCGGAGACUGGCCACAGUUUGCUAAAGAGGAAAAGUGAAGCUUUAACAAAGCGCUUCCGCGAGAUAACCCGACGAAUCGAUGAAGCCAAACAAAAGAUGGGGCGGGUCAUGCAGGUUGCUGCAUUUUCCCUGGCGGAAGUGAGCUACGCUGUCGGUGGUGAUAUCGGCUACCAGGUGCAAGAGUCCGCCAAACAGGCCCGAUUCCGAGUACGGGCGAAGCAGGAUAACGUCUCUGGUGUUCUGUUGCCUCAUUUUGAAAGCUACACGGAAGACUCCAUCAACGACUUUGGCUUAACUGGUCUUGGAAAAGGUGGACAACAGGUACAGCGCUGUCGCGAGACUUAUGCUCGCGCGGUAGAGACCUUGGUCGAACUUGCCAGUCUACAGACUGCGUUUGUUAUCCUUGACGAAGUGAUCAAGGUUGUUAACCGAAGAGUAAAUGCGAUUGAGCAUGUUAUCAUUCCACGAACAGAAAACACUAUCAAAUACAUCAAUUCCGAACUCGACGAGCUCGACAGAGAAGAAUUCUACCGACUCAAGAAGGUGUCGGGCAAGAAGCAGAGGGAUGUUGCAGCAGCUGAUGCUGAAAUUCAAGCCGCGCGCGAGAAGGAGGCCCAGAAACAAUUGGGUGGUGGUGCCACUGAAGAGCCAGAGGCGCCUGACGUUCUAGGGGAGCAAGAAGACACGGAUGUUAUUUUCUAG